GUGCUGCUAGUUCGCGCUGGAGCGCUGAGUAUGUUAGGUGAGUGACAGGCUCGUUACGUGAGCGGCUCGCGAGGUCGCAUUGAGGGCAGCACGGCCGUCUUUUUCCGCUCCCAAAGCUCGUUUCCUAUCAGCCGCAGGUGCUGUUUCGUGGAAUGAUCCAGUCUGCUGAGGAGAAAACGGAUUGAGGUUGUCUGCAGCUGAACACGCUAAAGUUUGUCGGGUUUAUUCCGGCGGGUGUGUGAAGAGCACUGAGGAGUCUGGUGAAGAGACCCUGCCAUGCGUGAAUACAAGCUUGUGGUGUUGGGCUCUGGUGGUGUGGGCAAGUCAGCCCUGACGGUCCAGUUUGUCCAGGGAAUUUUCGUUGAGAAAUAUGACCCCACAAUAGAAGACUCCUACAGAAAGCAAGUGGAGGUGGAUGGCCAGCAGUGCAUGUUGGAGAUCCUGGACACAGCAGGAACAGAGCAGUUCACAGCCAUGAGAGACCUGUACAUGAAGAACGGUCAGGGCUUUGCUCUUGUGUACUCAAUCACAGCACAGUCCACAUUCAAUGACCUGCAGGAUUUACGAGAGCAGAUCCUACGAGUAAAGGACACAGAGGAUGUAAGUUUGAGAGAAAACACUCAUAUUAAGAGGAAGCACAGAGAAGCACUUUGUACACAGGGCAAUUUAGCUCAAAUUGAAUUAAUUAAUUUAUAGGAAAUUUUAGAAGAG